CGCUGCCAGUGUGACGUAUAAUCUAGUGGACGGGACGCUCCUUCAACAACAACAGCUAGUCAGACACCUCCGUAGCUUUCUAUCAAACAUAGCUACAACAUUCACCCGCUUUACACUGUUUUGGUGUAUAUUAGUCGCUGUGUAUUAAACACACUUCUGUCGUAUGUACUUGUUAGCCCAUUUAAUUAUAUAUUCACGUUGUUUGUCAGCUAGCUGGUUUGCUAAGUUAGCUUAGAACUAAGCUAGUCGCUAAUGCUAGCUAGCUAACAUCUCCGACCAUGAGUUCACUAAGCUACUCUCCUCCUACUAAAGAAGAGGUCUGCUGGAUGGAGAAAGAAGCUCUCGUUAAAGAGGAAGAGAAAGAUGUUACAAUACAAAAACAAGUAGAGACUGUUACCGUGAAAGAAGAAGAGAAAGACGUUACAGUGAAAGAAGAGGAAGACGCGUUCAGAGUGAAAGAGGAGGAGGAUGUUACAAUAAAAGAAGAGGAGGAAGAGAAAGAGGAGAGAGCAGUUUUUGGAGUGAAAGAGGAGGCGGGGGAGAUGACUGUCACAUUGAAAGAGGAGAAGGAGGAAGAAGAGGAGGUUGGAGAUCUGUUUAACACCAGUAGCUAGCUAACAGCCAUGGAGGAGGGUGAAAGGAUAGCAGCCCCAACUGUCAGUGAGAGAGGAGGCUAUUCUGGAUAGGGCAGGUACUUUUGUGUAGUUCCUGUCCCUAGAAGUGAGGACGGAGAUAAUAGUAACAUAAUAUUCAGUGUGGUGUAAUUUGACUAUAAUGAAGUGUGUUUCUUGUGAGGUUUUCUGUCCUCAGAUAAAGAGCGCUAUGAAAGCCAGUCUACAUAUGAAGAGGUCCCAAUGAAGAGCAGUGGUUCUCAGUCCUGGGGACUCAAAGAGGCACAUUGUUGUUUUUGCCUCAGCACUGCACAGCUGAUUCAAAUGAUCAACUCAUCAUCAAGCUUCAAGUGAUACCUUGUAACUGGAGAUUCCUUCAAAACGAUUGCCUACAGUUACCGUGUAGGGCACUGCAAGGUUGGGUGACCAGGGUCAUCUGGGACUGCCUCCUGGAGGAAUUCAGGUGUGUGAAGGCUACCUGUGUCCUGCGUAACUUCAUGAGGAUGGACACGAGGACCAGGAGGGGAUCUGCAGCUGGCCGCCGUGUCCCAGAGGAGAAGUCUACUGCUCUGCAGGAUGUUUCAAGGAUGGGGUCCAACAACGCAGCAAGAGAGGCAAUCCGUGUGCAGGAGAUCUUCACCUCCUACUUCUUCAAAGAGGGUGCUGUUCCCUGGCAACACCAUAGACUACACUAUGCACAACCAAAGUCUCUUCAAAGAGGUUGCUGUUCCCUAGCAACACCAUAGACUACACUAUGCACAACCAAAGGCUCUUUUAAGAGGGUGCUGUUCCCUGGCAACACCAUAGACUACACUAUGCUCAACCAAAGGCUCUUUUAAGAGGGUGCUGUUCCCUGGCAACACCAUAGACUACACUAUGCACAACCAAAGGCUCUUCAAAGAGGUUGCUGUUCCCUAGCAACACCAUAGACUACACUAUGCACAACCAAAGGCUCUUUUAAGAGCCAUCCACAUUGCAAUAGGAGUAUUCUUCCAUUUACUUAGCUAUGUCAACUGCAGUUAUUCAAUUCAUAGUUUCUCUCCCUUUGAUUUCUACUUCUCAGGUGAGGGUGCUGUUUAGGUAAGGGUGUGAUGUCUGUGCCAAAACAAAACAGGCUGUUUUAAAUCACCCAUAUUGAAAAAAUGUAGAACAAUUAGACACCCUAUAACCCACACCUACACACUCAUGUAACAAUCUGAUUGAUGGAUUGUGUUGUGCAGUAAGCAGGCUCAGGUGUAUAACUGUGGCUCCUUCCACCUUCAACGAAUAGGCAAGAGGGCCAACCAUGGAGAAUAUCCUCUAGGUUAUAUCAGCUGUGUCGGUGAACCCCUCCUGCAUCUGAACUGGCUACAUAGAGGGCACAGCAUGAUCAGAGAUAUGUUUUGAUGUGAGAGGAUGCCAACCCCCAGUCCCAUCAUCGCCACCUCACCUGCUUUUAAGAUAACCUGUGGGCCGACUAGAGACACUGCUAUGUAAUUGUGAUGAACUGAGAGAAUAUUUAUGUAGCACUGUGAUUCAUUAAUCAUGUGCUGCCUUCCCUGCUCCUAUGUGCUUACCUCUUUCCCUUUCUGUCUUUUACACCUCUUUCUCACCUCCUCUUUCUUCCUCUGUUUUUAUAAUGCACAACAGAUGUGCAUUGAAGUACAGAUUGAACUUGUAUUUAUAACACUUGGAUAAUGAGCUUUUCAAUAAAGCGUUUCACAUUCUCUACUGGUUGAAAUGAAGUGUAAUGUGAUGAAAUACUCCACCUAUCCUGUGUUUAUCAGAUCAAUGCAGAUGAAGGGCAUUAGAUGUUGAGAUGAACCGGUGUUGGAGUAUUUACAUGAUGCAUAGGAAGUGUAGUGUUCUGUUUUUUAACAUGAUAUUUCUGUAUAUAUGAAUUAACUAGUUAAAUUCUGUUUCUAGUCUAUUAGUUACAAUGUGUAACCAUUGAUGUCUCAGGACCAAGAUUGGUAAACACUGUUGAAGUGUAUAAUUGUAAUACAUACAUGCAGACACAGCGUCAUUCAAAAACUGGAAUUUGAUACUCCUGGUAUUGGAUAUGACUGAAAAAUCAUCUCAAAGACAUUCAUUCCUAAACUGCACAUUUAUUUGCCAAGGUAGAGUACAUGAUCAGUGAAUAUAUUACAUGUACAGGUUACAAUGUGGGGAUCUCAUGCAUGGUAAUAACUACAUAUACGACUUGCAUCCUUGGCACAACAUGAUAUUAUAUUCUACUCAAUCCAUAGGCUUCAUUAAUGUCAUUCAGGCUGUUUUGAAGUUGAUACAACUGGCUAUGAUAGCUGAGGUUCAUAGCUAGGUUCUGAACUAAUAUGUAUACCAAACGUUUGGGUCCAUACACAGAUCGGCUAGAUAGCUAGCUACACAUCCAUGGGCAUACAGGUAUUUUAAUCAUCCACUGCACAAUAAGCAAGAAAAUAGCUAAUUACGUGAUUUCAUCUAUCUGCAUAGCAAACAUAAGCAAGGAAAGCUUACAAAAUUGUACAUUCAAUUUGCAGUAAAAUCUUCAGCUAGCUAGAUUCUAUACAUCCACUGUUUCACAAAACGACAGUCUGGUUUGCUGGUUGUUUCAGGAGUCCCUAAAACAACCAGAAUUACAAUUUCAUACUCAUGUCACAACACCCAUAAAGCUAGCCAGCUAGCUGGCUAAUGUUAGCUAGUCAGCUAGCUGGCUAAUGUUAGCUAGUCAGCUAGCUGGCUAAAUCACGAUUUUUGUAAAUGAACUAUUAUUUUAAAAAUGCAUAAUCGUUUGUCUCUACAUGAACUAACAUUCCUGUCAACUGUACAUGUUUUUGCAUGAUUAGUUAUGACUUUAUAAUCCCUUACAUUUGCUUCCAUCCUAGUAUUUCUGUCCGCCAUCUUUGAUUCAGUUCAGUUCUGUGUAGGGGUUCCCCUCUUUCCUAGUAUUUCUGUUCGCCAUCUUUGAUUCAGUUCAGUUCUGUGUAGGGGUACCCCUCUCUUCUAGUAUUUCUGUUUGCCAUCUUUGAUUCAGUUCAGUUCUGUGUCGGGGUACCCCUCAAUUCUAGUAUUUCUGUCCGCCAUCUUUGAUUCAGUUCAGUUCUGUGUAGGGGUUCCCUCUCUUCUAGUAUUUCUGUUCGCCAUCUUUGAUUCAGUUCUGUGUAGGCGUACCCCUCUCUCCUAGUAUUUCUGUUCGCAAUCUUUGAUUCAGUUCAGUUCUACUAUAUCUUUGCUGAAGAAAGUCUAACAGUCACUAGUGCAGCAGCAGCCUCCCCCUGCCCGGUAAAAAGUUUAAGAUGAGAUGGAACGGUUGACAGAAAAAAUAUAUUGACUGAUAUUGAUUUAUUUAGUGGGGGCUAAUUAAUAUUUUAGUUCUAGCGACGCCCCUGAUUCAUACCCUUUAACUUUUUGUCUGAAAAUAAAAUAUACGUUUUACUCAAUUGUGUUACCCACUCCAGUCAGCAUAUAGCGGUCUGCGACUUUAAGGCAAUGCUGCUACUGUGACGUAUAAUCUAGUGGACGGAACGCUUCUUUCAACAGCAGCAACAGACAAUCAGACAGGCAGCCACCUCGGUAGCUUGCUAGACAAAAUAGCCGAACCAAUAUAGCUCUUUAGACGCUUUAGUGUAUAUUAGCCACUGUGUUUUAAACCCUCUUCUGUCGUCUAGUUGGUUAGUUAACCGUUUUAAUUUCAUAUUUACGGUGUUGUUGUUAUUAUUCCGUUAGCGGGCUGGUUAAGUUAGCAUUAGCCUAGCUAGCUAACAUCCCCGACCAUGCGGUCACUAAGCUACUCCCCUGCUAUAGAAGAAGCGGGUAUCACAGUAAAACAAGAAGUAGAGGAUGAGGCCGUUUCAGUGAAAGAAGGGGAAGACGCGUUCAGAGUGAAAGAGGAGGAGGAUGUUACAGUAAAAGAUGAGGAGGAUGCAGUUUAUGGAGUGAAAGAGGAGGAGGAAGAGAUGACUGUUACAUUGAAAACGGAGGAGGAGGAAGAAGAGGAGGAAACUGGAUAUCUGGUCCCGGUUUCCCAAACGCAUCUUAAGGUGUCCGAUGGUUCUAACGGUGAACUUAGCCAUAAGAUGGUUUUGAGAAACCGUUCCCUGAUUAACACUAGAGAGAUACGGGACAGUCGUGGAUCCUCUGGGGAGCCUCAACAACCUCAUGAUGCUGACGAGGCAGAGAAGAGUCUCUCCAGAUCAGAACGCCUCAAUAAACACCUGCAGAGAUCCACAGGGAAGAGAACUCACUGCUGCUCUGACUGUGGGAAGAGAUUCACCUCAUCAGGCAUUAAAAUUCAUCAAAGGAUCCACACAGGAGAGAAACAUUAUAGCUGUGAUCAAUGUGGGAAGAGUUUUACUACAUUUGACUCUCUGACAGUACACCAGAAAAUACACACAGGAGAGAAACCUUAUAGCUGUGAUCAAUGUGGGAAGAGUUUUACUACAUUUGACUCUCUGACAGUACAUCAGAAAAUACACACAGGAAAGAAACCUUAUAGCUGUGUUCAAUGUGGGAUGAGUUUUAAAGCAUCUAGCAAUCUGACUACACACCAGAGAACACACACAGGAGAGAAACCUUAUAGCUGUGAUCAAUGUGGGAAGAGUUUUACUACAUUUGACUCUCUGACAGUACACCAGAAAAUACACACAGGAGAGAAACCUUAUAGCUGUGUUCAAUGUGGGAAGAGUUUUACUGCAUCUAGCACUCUGACUACACACCAGAGAACACACACAGGACAGAAACCUUAUAGCUGUGAUCAAUGUGGGAAGAGUUUUACUACAUCUAGCUGUCUGACAGUACACCAGAGACUACACACAGGAGAGAAACCUUAUAGCUGUGUUCAAUGUGGGAAGAGUUUUACUGCAUCUGGCAAUCUGACUACACACCAGAGAACACACACAGGAGAGAAUCCUUAUAGCUGUGAUCAAUGUGGGAAGAGUUUUGUUACAUCUAGAAAUCUGACUAUACACCAGAGAACACACUCAGGAGAGAAACUAUAUAUAUGUGAUGAAUGUGGGAAGAGUUUUACUACAUCUGGCAAUCUGACUACACACCAGAGAACACACACAGGAGAGAAACCUUAUAGCUGUGGUCAAUGUGGGAAGAGUUUUUGUCAAUCUGGUGAUCUGACAGUGCACCAGAGAACACACACAGGGGAGAAACCUUAUAGCUGUGUUCAAUGUGGGAAGAGUUUUACUGCAUCUAGCAAUCUGACUAUACACCAGAGAACACACACAUUAGAGAAACCUUAUAGCUGUGGUCAAUGUGGGAAGAGUUUUUGUCAAUCUAGUAGACUGACAGUGCACCAGAGAACACACACAGGGGAGAAACCUUAUAGCUGUAAUCAUUGCGGGAAGAGUUUUGUUACAUCUAGCUAUCUGACUAUACACCAGAGAACACACACAGGAGAGAAACCUUAUAGCUGUAAUCAAUGUGUGAAGAGUUUUGUUACAUCUGGGCAGCUGAAUGUACACCAGAGAACACACACAUAAUAUAAAUCUUAUAGCUGUGAUCAAUGUGGGAAGAGUUUUACUCAGUCAAACAACACCAGAGAACACACACAGGAGAGAAAUCUCUUAGCUGUGACCAGAGGUAAUCUGAUAAAAGAUCUCUGACUAAACAUCAGAAAAUACAUUAAGCAGUUGUUUCGUGAUAUCAAUUAAUUAAUUUAACAUUGUAGUAGGAGUAUUUUAAUGAUGUCACAAUGUAGAAUGUUUUAACAUUGUAGUAGGAGUAUUUUAAUGAUGUCACAAUGUAGAAUGUUUUAACAUUGUAGUAGGAGUAUUUUAAUGAUGUCACAAUGUAGAACCCUAAACGUUUGUCCCCUGUUCUAUUGAUUUCUACAUGAUAUGGAUAAUAGCCUCAGGGGGAAAAUCCAGGCUCUGAAUUGGAAGAGUACUAUUUAUGAGAUUUAGUAAGGACACAUUAUUCCCAGAUUCCGUGUGGUUUUUGAGCUGUUAGUUUUAACAGGACGUGCAACCUCAUCUCCCUCCUGUUGCACAAAUGAUUUUAGCAUGAAAUUGAUUAGUUAUGACAAAUAAGUGUUGCGUUCCUUUGUUUAGCGACCCCUACAUUUAAAUGCAUUCCAACAUCACAUUCAACCUGAUUUCCCCCCUAAUUGAUAUCAGUGAUUUAUUGCUACUUGUCAAAACAACUUUUCUGGAAAUAUGAUUAUUGUGGCAGAUGUUUGUGUAAAUAGCACAUGUUAUGUUUAGGUUUUCAAUUUAUCCCAAACUGUUUCUGCAUAUUGGUUAUUGAUUUGGACACGUUAAAACUGUGUUUUGACAUUGAGGCUAUCCCACCUAGCACAAUGUAAUUGAAAAGAUGUUGAAAAUAAGACUAUGCAAUCAAAAAAAAAUGUAUAUAUUUUUUUAUUAUACCAUGCCUUACCAUUAAGUUAAUUAUUGACAAUACAUAUUAACAAAGGGGUGUCCAUUUGGUUUUGAUCAUUCAUAUUUACAAUUCAUGUAACUUUUAGUAAUCAUAAUUAUUUAUGCAAUCAACUGACAAUUUACGGGUAUAAUUAUAUUGACAUUGUUGCCCUUCUUUUAGAAUAGCAGGGUUAAUUCUCAGAUGUGCCAAACCAAAUGUACUAGAGCAUGACAUUGGGGACUGGGGCCCGAUCCAACAACAUGCCUAUCGAGUGAACCCUGAAAAGAGAGAGAAGCUCCGCAGUGAGGUGGAAAGUUACUACGGAUAUUGCAGGAGUUUCCUCUUGAAAUCAGACAAGUCUGUUGUAAGGACAACUUGGUUGCUGAUUGUCUCAAGAGUUAAAAAGAUUUGUGUUUUGCGUUUAGCCAGUGCGUUGCCAUGGAUCACAAUUUAUUUUGACUGCACGUUUUUCCGUAUUGGAGAUGAGUUUUGUUUGGGCUCAUGAAGCAUUGUAGUUGAUAAUGUGAAAUGGAAAUUGUUUUCUGUUGUCCAACAAAAAUAUAGGAUAAAUUUUUUCUCUUAAGGUGUUACAGUCUUUGGUUUUUCCAUUUAUGUUUUGAGGUUGGAUUUCAGCACGUAUAGCUCAUUAGCAUGUAGGACGCACUGAUUGGUGUCACCUCGUUAGUCAGUAUGUGUUACACCUGUGCUGGCUUGUCCAUCUCGUUAGUGGGAAGGUGUUUCACCUGAGCUGGUCCAGGUUCUAUUUAAGAGUGUCUGGCCCAGUGCUCCAGUUGUCUUGAUAGAUGUGGAGAGUCAACACCUUUAGUUGCUCCACCUUUUUGGUUUGCUUCCUGUCUUUAAGUUUGGUGUGGGUUUUUCUUUUGUUUGCCUCUUCUUGGGCAGAUUUAGUGGGUCUCAUGGUUGGUGUCUUUUAGCUCCAAGUUGUUGUUACUAGUCAACUUUCAGUGGACACCCCAUAGUGACUUUCAGAGCCCAUCCUAAAAAACAAGCUUAUAUUUUUGGAUUGGAUAUUUUAAUAUUUUAAUCAAUGGCAUUUCCUUAGGAUGCUCAUUAGUCUUUAAGUUGGUAUUAUUGUUUUUUAUCCUCUUAUGUUUGUGUACUAAAUAUUCCUGUUUAUUUUCAUUGUUUUCUCCUGAGAAGCCAUUGUGUUGCAUGUCUGAAAUGUGCUGUAUAAAUAAAGCUUGAUUUGAUUUC